AUGACCGGGGCCAAAGCUGUGAGUUCCGCCAAACGUCCUUGGUGUAGACUCCGACACGUCUUGAUGCAGACCAUUUUGCUGAUCUUCAAUGCGCCUCCACAGACCUGGUACGGUGGUGGUCAACUCGACAACCCUGCCUGCGGCGGUCCGCGUCCAUCCGACAACGACCUGGUCGUUGCCGCUUCGGAAAGCUCCGGUAUCCCUUGCCACUCUACCGUGCACAUGUGAGUGCUGGGACGGCACCAUCACACGAGUGUUCGACGCUGAUAUCCUUUUCCUCUCUUCCUUCCGAUAGCCACUACCAUGGCAAGAUGGUAAGCGCAAAAGUGGUCGAUCGCUGCGCUGGCUGCAACGCAAAGUGGCUCGAUUUGACCAAGGGCACCUUCAAGAAGCUGGCUGGUCUCGACGUCGGAGAGUUGCACGGAGUUCACAUUCGCGUGUUCCCAGCAUGA